GUUGAUUUGGAAUGGGUAGGUAGUGUAACCAAAGAAUAUAGAAACAUUCAAUUAUUUGAAGAAAAAAAAAAAAAAUAAAUUAAAAAUGGUCACAAAAGAUGAAAUUAGUGCCUGUUUUGAAGAACUCAAUAUAGCAGUAGUUGAUGCUGUGUUAAAUAAAUGUUUAGAAUUAUGUGUUGCUUAUAAUCUUGAAGCAGAGGAAUUUUGUGAUCAAUGGUAUGCAUUCACAGCCUCUAAUUACAAUGGGGCACUUCCAACAAUCGAACUUGUGGAAAAGAUGGAAAGGAAAGAGUUCCAUAAAAAAGAACAUAAAUUAAAUAUCAGUAAACCCAACGAUGAAAUAAUAGAAGAGAGAAGACGAAACCAUAAUGAAUCUGCCGCGUUGACUCCACAACAUCCAAAGAUUACAGAGAAGGGUGCAUAUACUCCCACAACACAGAAUCGGCAUGACAACUUCAGUCAUAAUGCUACGCCUGUAUCAGUAAAAUCCUCAGAAAAAUUCUCCCAGCGAAAAGAUUCCAGAUCUGUACAGACUUACUUUGGAUCUACGACAGCCUCGUUCAAAAGAGAAUCCAAUGUGAUUCUUUCGACUACAGAAGUUGAAGACCACAAAAUUCCUGAUGGAGUAAAAUAUAUGUAUGAAAUAAUAGGAAACAAGGCGAGGAGUAUGAAUAAUGCGAUACGAAAUUUGGGGCACGCUAUUUUGGACAAUCAUGGUUUGAAUUUGUCACAGGGUCUACUGAUUAAUCAGAUGGGAGAAAUGGUCACCUAUGGUAGAAUAGUAUCUGAUUCGGAUGGAAGGAUCAAUUCCCAAUCCAUACUCCUAGAAGGCACCGACGAAACGAACUUAUGCUACACUACUCGCUUAAAUCUCAGCAAACUCUCGAGUUAUUCCUUAUUUCCCGGCCAAGUAAUAGCAGCAAAAGGAAACAACGUAAAGAAUCUAGCGUUUGUUGCCGAAAAAAUUUAUACAGACGCCCAUUUGGACUUGCCCGAACCACCACUAGUUCAAAACGGUACUAUGCAGAUAGUAAUAGCUGCGGGACCGUUCACGUUCAAGGAAAAUCUUUCGUACGAACCAUUAAACGAACUCAUCAAGUACAUCACGGAACACGAGCCCCACAUGGUGGUACUCACUGGUCCCUUUUUGGAAAAGACCCACGACAGCGUCCUAAACGGCAGUCUGACUCAAACGUUCGAUUCCUUCUUUGCAGAAGUCAUAGACGUACUGAUGAGUUCCAUACAGCACAAAGACACUCAAGUGGUUGUGGUGUCCAGUUCGAAGGACGUCCACCAUCACCCGAUUUAUCCGACACCACCAUAUAAAAUUAGAGAAAAAUAUAGUAAAUUGUUGUUUGUUCCGGAUCCAGCGGUCAUCGACGUUGAUGGGUUGGUGAUUGCUGCAACUACAGUCGAUGUGUUGUUCCAUAUGAGCAAUUAUGAAUUACAUUUCGACAAGGAAUCUGUGAUAAAGUCGGGCAGAAUGGAAAGGAUGAUUUCGCAUCUUCUAAAUCAAAAGCAAAUAUACCCUCUAUGUCCUGCGCAUAAAGAACUAAACGUUGAUCAAAUUUUGUUGCAACAAUUUGGAACCUUGAGCGUUAAACCACACAUUUUGAUAUUACCGUCAAACUUGAAGAAUUUUGUCAAGGAAGUGAACGACUGUUUGGUAAUCAAUCCAGAGAGAUUGACGAAAGGUCUAGAAGCCGGAACAUUCGCCAGAGUAGAAAUCGAACCUGGCAAGAACCGGUCAAUUUGUAAUCGUGUGGCUGUUCAAAUUCUUAGAGUUUAAAAGUUGUUACGAUUUGUAGAUUUAUGUUAUUUAUUAUUUUUUUAAUAGACUUCAAUCAG